AUGUCCAAUCCACCACAAUACGGAAUUAAAUCAUAUAUUGAAGCGAAAGAAAAAGAUCGAAACGAUAUUGACAACCUCUUUUCCAAUGCAUUUGAGUCAUUAGAUACAAUAAUACAAUAUUGGGACCAAUUAGAUAAGGUAGCAACAAAAUUUUUAAAAGAAUCAAAUAUGGAAAAAGAGAAUCAUGAAUAUCAAUCAUUAAUAACAUACCUUGAUAUUACUGAACCAGUUACUAAACAAUUAUAUGGAAAUAAUUAUGAAGAAGCAUUAAUGGAUGAAAUUGAUGAAUUUUGUCAUUUAUAUUUUCAAAAGAAAAGAGAAAUGGCAAUAAUGUUACCUGAUUUAUAUGCUAUUUACAAUAGAGCUCGUGGCAUUUUAAUUAGUCCACAAGAAUUAAGAAAUGUAUGUGAAUUACUUAAUGAUAAAGGUAAAUAUGUUGGAUUAAUGAAUGUCAAUAAAUCAUUGAUUAUUCAUGAAAGAGACUUUACAUUAGAAAAUUUUCAAAAUACCAUUCUUGAUGCAUUGAAAUCACGACAGAAAAUUAAUAGUUUUACAAUUGCACAACAUUAUGGAAUUCAAUAUGCAAUUGUCCAAACAUUAAUGGACCAAUUAGAACAAAAUGAAUUAAUUUGUCGAGAUGAAUCAGAAGAAGGUAUUAUGUAUUAUGAAAAUCUUUUUAAUACCCAAUACCUUCAAUACAUCAAAUAA